UCAACUAUCAUGCACACUAAUUCUGGUGGAUAUUAAUAAGAUGUGCAAUUUUUUAAUUUCUUUUUUUUUUUUUUUAAUUUGAGCCAGCAGAUGCGCUAAUUUUUUGUAGUUAGACCACAAAUAUUCUGCUUUUGCAGUAUAAUUUAGAAAUAUCUAUUUUCUUUUUAGUAAAUUCAUUAAAGAGUUGGACAGGGACCUAACAUUUAUGUGUAAGAUUCCAGUCCACAAAGUCAUUUCAAUUUCACCACUAAGGGGGGAAGAGAAAAUUCUUUCAUACCUGAUCAUAAUCACAACAUUUUUGCUGUUAGUUGUCACUCCUGCUUCUGCUCAUACUGGAGAGAAGAUCAAUGGCAUGGCCUAAUAGGAAAUGGGGUCAUGAACUGCUGCUGCUGGUGGUGGUGGUGCUUGGUCUACUGGCUAUGGUUCAGCCGUCAAUGCAGCUGAGUUUAAAGAACCAUCUUCACAGCAUCAUUCAACAAAUAAACAGUGAAGGCCCUUACCUUGGUCUUGUUUUGGAAUAUGAAACUAAUGAAUUUGUUCUUCUACGCUCCAAUCUCUUCAUUCCUAGCAAUCACACACCCUCCCUGAAGUUGUCAGGCAGAACAUUCCACAUUGGCAAGAUUGAGGAUGCUGAUAUUAUUUAUGUAUUGACUGGGGACGCAACAGCAAAUGCAGCUGCAACUGUGCAACUCCUGAUAUCAACGUUUAGUAUUGAUGGAAUUGUUCAUUAUGGAACUGCUGGAGCAGUUGAUGAUACAUUGUUAGUUGGUGAUGUCGUUGUCCCUAAGCAAGUCGCCUUCACUGGACACUGGAAUUGGAAGAAUUUUGAAUCAAAGAAAGGGCAGCUGAGAUUUGGAGACUUCAAUUAUCCAGGAAAAGGUGACAAUUUGUUAGGGAGCAUUGACUUCGAACCGUCUACAUUGUACACAUCAGAACAAGAGCAGACCAUGUUCUGGCUUCCCAUCAACACCAGCUGGCUGGUGGUUGCCACUCAGCUUCAGGAUGUAGAACUGCAACAAUGUCUUGAGAAUAAAUGCCUACCUAGAACACCAAUACUUGCUUACGGAUUGAGAGCUUCCACUGCUGAUAUGUUUAUUUCAAAUGUAGCAUAUAGAGAAUAUCUUUACAAGAAACUCAAGGUCUCAAUUGUGGAUGAAGAGACUGCUUCUGUUGUACUGGUAGCUUUAUCAAAUGAGGUGCCUGUAAUUGUGUUCAGGGGUGUCUCCAACAUGGCAGGCGGAUCGACUGGGUAUGAUAGCUAUAGCUAUUUGGGUUCUGUCAAUGCUUUCAAUGCUGCUGUAAGUUUCAUUUGUGCUGUUAGUGGAACGACAAAUUUCAGGGCGAAUUAUUGAUUACUGGAAUCAUCUCCUCCUAUCAAAAAUUGAACUUCACCAAUCAAUGUAAUCUUUUUCCAUUUGCAAUCCAUAUAAGUUGAUGAAGUGCAAA